AUGACGUCCCUUAAUCAGUCCGGGGAUACCAACUUUACAGUUUUCAUACGCCUCCCUUUUCCUCGGGGCGACUUUGCUGAGUGGAACGCAGCAAAAGACCAAGCUCUCUGGGACCUACUAUCGCGGCCCUCGAAGGGUGAUGAUAUAGACUGGAAAGCAUUAGCGGAACGAUUCGAUGUAACUCUGCAGUUUCUCCUUCAGCAGGCAGCAUGGUUGUAUGAUCGUCAACUAUCCCAGGUCCGCGCGCAGAUGCGCAAGGUGGGCACCACUCAGUCGAGCUCCCCGUCCCCUGCGCCUGGUUCUGUAUCCGGAAGCACAGCGCUCGGCGGCCAACCAGCCAAGGGUGGCCUUGGUGCAGCCCCACGAGUUCCGAGUCGUCUAUCCUCACAACAAAAAGAUACUCUUCCCCAACGAGGUCCCCCGCCACGUCGCACAAGCUCGGCAAAUACAGUAAACCAAAUCAAGACUUCAAAGGAAUCGCCUUGCACGGAAACCCCUGCGGAGUUCAAAGAUCCACGCUGGGAGAGCGUCAACCGGCGUUCAUCAGCAAGCAAGCGGAACCAGGCUCCAGUUGUACCGGCACCAGUACACAAAUCGCCCACCCUUCAGGAAGAGCAUCUAAGUUCAAGCUCGUCCUCAUCCUCGUCAGACGAAGACGACGGGCUAGCCAGUAGACGAGGACUACGAUUUCGACGAUUCGGCAAAUUUUCCACACAUCGACCUGGUCUUCGCGACGAUGACGAAGAAGAAGACGAGGAUGAUCCACCCGCGUUUCUUCCACUUUCCCGAGCCCAACCUGAAGCUGCACGGGACCCGUCAGCACAGGAUCUCAAUGAAACUCUCCGGUUGCAAGGUGAAGAUCAAACGGGAGCACGACGCCGCACGUCAGAGCAGAGUCCGGUUUCGAGAGAAUCCAUUACGACCGAAUCAUCGACGAGCUCAGUUAGCUCAGGGGCUCCAGUGGCAAUCCAACGUCGAGUGAAUAGUAUUCCAUCACCGUUGAGUCCUCGACGGACGGCAGAGCUGGCUCGUGCCAGUCCUCGGAGAAUGAAUAAUUCCGGAAGGGACACGAGUGAUGGUACACCGAGUAUGGAAAGUAGCUUCAGUGAACUUGAUGACGCAAGUGUUACGGAAUCGGCACUUGAGGAGGCUCUCCUGAGUAAUAUGCAGCAUGGUGGUAUGGCAAGUCGCAUGAGUACGAUCAGUCAGGCAAUACGGAGUCGUUGUUUGUGA